AUGGGCCGGCAUCUUGGUACAUUCUCGACAAUCUUUCUAAUUGUGGGCCGCAUUAUUGGAACUGGCAUUUUCUCCACGCCCUCGUCGGUUACGGAGAGUGUCGGGAGUGUGGGUGCCGCGCUACUUCUUUGGGUCUUGGGAUUCCUUCUGGCUGCUGCUGGACUUUGUGUCUGGCUUGAGAUGGGUUCCAUGAUCCCACGGAGUGGCGGAGAAAAGGUUUACUUGGAGGCUGUGUAUCGUCAACCUAAGCUGUUGAUUACGAUUGUAUUUGCCGUCCAAGCCGUGGCAUUGGGCUUCACAGCGUCGGGCUGCGUUGUUUUCGCGUCGUAUGUCUGGGUGGCAGCUGGCAAGGAAGCAUCGGAAUGGGAAGAGCGUGGAGUCGCAAUAGCCGUGAUUGUGUUCAUCACCAUGUUGCAUACAUUGCUACCCAACUGGGGUGUUCGAGGCAUGAAUGUCCUUGGUGUGUACAAAGUCAUUCUUUUGCUAUUCAUUGUCAUCACUGGCUGGGUCGUACUCGGUGGGCAUGUGUCCAGUAUUCCAGAUCCAUAUUCCAGCUUCCGUGACUCCUUUGCGGGCUCAGCAACGUCCAGUAACCUUUACGCUAUCGCACUUUUCAAGGUUUUGAAUUCAUUCUCAGGUUGGUCAAAUGCAGCAUACGUUAUGAACGAAAUUCGCAAUCCUGUGCGCACAGUGAAGAUCGCUGCGCCCAUCGGACUAUCAAUCUGUGGUGUUCUUUACAUCCUGGCAAAUGUUGCGUAUUACGCGGCAGCCACUCCAGAGGAGAUUGCGAAUAGCGGGACGACAGUUGCUUCGUUUUUUAUGGGGAAGGUGUUUGGCUCGGCGGCCGAGCGUACCUUAAGUGCCCUGGUGGCUAUAUCUGCCUUUGGUAAUGUGUUGACCGUUACAUUUGCCCAAGCCCGGGUCAAUCAGGAGCUGGCUAAAGAAGGCGUAAUUCCGUUUCCUAAAUUUUGGGCGUCGAACUGGCCCUUUGGCUCACCCUCAGCUGGACUGCUGCUGCAUUUCAUUCCAUCAUUUAUUGUGAUCAUUGCAAUACCAUUCGGCGAUGCCUACGAUUUUAUUCUGGACCUUGAGGGUUAUCCAGCUAGCGUGAUCGACUUCCUGGUCGUUGUUGGACUCUUUUACCUUCGAUGGACGGCUCCGCUUGUGGAUCGACCCUUCCGCGUUUGGUGGCCCGUGGCCUUUUUCUUCAUGGUCGGACAGGCAUUUCAGCUCGUUGCCCCAUUCGUGCGGCCGCCCGGUGGUAAAGGCGAUACGUCUCUUCCAUACUGGUUAUCCUCUGUGGUGGGUAUAGUCAUACUAUUGUUGGGAGUUGUCUAUUGGGCAAUAUGGCGAAAGGUUCUUCCUGUGAUCGGGAAAUACCGCUUGAUUCCAGAACACGAGGUGCUCUCCGAUGGCACAACUGUAGUUUGCUACAAGGCCGUGAAAUGA